AUGAAAAUUUUUAAGUCGAUUUUCUAAAAUAAGAAGGAAGAAGCUAAUCUAGACCUUAAAGUAGAAUACUCUUCUAUUUAUGAUGCCAAUUCCUAAACUGUCAAGUUAGAAGACAUCAAGGCUGUCAUUUAAAAUGAAAGAAAGCGAAAGCUACUAUUCAGCAGAUAAACCACUUCUAUACUUGAAGAAUUGAAAGUCUUGUACACCAUUCAUAUGAUGUUAAUUGCAGACUAAAUUAGUGAUUUUGAUUAAGUAACAUUAAGCUUUCAGCAAGGAAAGGUACAGAAUAUACGCUAAAGAAGAUAAUUUUUGGAAAGUCUUAAGAUCACCGAAACCUCAAAACUUGUUAGGCUAAUCACACUGUAACCCACUAAACUCAACAAUAGCAAUAAACUAUUAUGUAUUUGAAUUCUUCAGAAGUAUUAUCUAAUAUGAUGUCUAGUUUCCCUCAUAAUUUGAUGAUUUUGAAAAAGAAUUGACCAAACUUUAUUAUUCCUAUUUACAAAGAGCUGUGAAUAAUUGUGAUAUUUAUUACUCUUCAUAAAGAAUGUAAUAUCCAUACUAGGAUGAAUACAAUAAUAGAAGAGUUUAAUAUUUGUGGUUAUUCAAAUUAUUAAAUUUACUCAAUUUUAAAUUGGCUAUGAUUCCGCUCAUUUAAAAGAUUAUUUCCAAAUAGUUAAUAAUAUCUGUAUGACUCAUCAAUUAUAAAUAGAAUAUAGUGAAAGAUAUUACAAUCCUAAUUUAUAAGGAUUGUGUUAAUGAGUAUUUGUUUUUCAAGAAGGAAGUUGAAGAAUAACUAGAGUUUUAUUCAUAAUUUAGUGUUAAAGAUGGUAGUUUAUCAUUGAUAUUCCAUAGCAAUUAGUUUUUAUGAGUUAUUUACUCAAUUGAAAUUUGUCACAGAUAGACUAAAAUUGUUUCAUAAUUUAAGAUCAUUAUUUAUUAAGCACGAAAAAAUUAGAGAAUUUACUUGGUUUGUUUUAGAUAAGCAAUUAGAAAAAGAUAUAGAAACCUAUAUACAGAAAGCAAAACUAAUUAAUACAACAUAAUUCAAAAACAGUUUAUAAGUUCCAAACUAAAAAGCCGCAUACGAACAUCUGUCAAAGUAAUUACAAUAGCCUAAACCUUAAAAAGUAACAUAGCAACCUACUUUAAAAGGACAUCUAUUAAAAGCAAGUAUUAUCUCCAGAAAAUCCAAAGAAAAAGUAGCCGUCCAAACAAAAUAGUUAGAGACUUUAUUACCAAUAUUGAUAACAAUUAGGAUCUCAAAUAUUUUAUUUUUUUAAAACAAAAUCACAAAAAGUAUUAUUAUAUAUAUUUAAGAUCAUUAUUUUAUUAUAAAUGAUAAUUUUAGGUUGCAUAUCACAUUAGUUUCCAUUUUUAUAAUUAAAAAUUGUUUUUGUCUAUGUUAUAUUCAGAUUAGAAUGAUUAUAAUUAGUUUAGCCAAGUAGCCGAUAUUUCAUUAAACAGUGUUGAUUAAAGUUAAAGUCAGUAUGAUCGAUUCUAAGGCAAUGCAGAGAACAAUUAAAAGGAAUAAAAGGAAGUGGUCUCUGUUUAAUCUAUUAGAAUUCCAUUUAAUAAAGUAGACUUCAUCUAAUAACCAAUAAUGGCAAAAAGGUUUCUAUAAUGUUUAUAUUAAUAGGAUCAUGCCUGCAUACAUUAAAAAGAUGGAUAAUUGCUAUGCAUUCUUUAUUUUUGAUCUAUUGUUAAUGGAGGCAAAAAAGAUGGGAUUAUUUAAUUAAAAAUUCAUUAUUAAUUCGGAAAGUAAAACACUUGUUGGAAAAAUAAAAAUAAUUGAUGGAGGAAAACUUUAUGUUUUUUAAGAUGGUGGAAUGAGUCCAAGGAAAUGUACAAAUUAAGCAUUUUACAGAAAAUAUUUGGGUAGUAUUUGCAAAUAAAAUGAAUUAAAAGUAAUAUUAAAUUCAUACUAUAGUGUCACAUUCCAAAAAUAAAUUAAUAAAAUAAUUAAAUUUAUUCUUAUUCUCCUGUCUAUUUUAAGAAAAACAAAGAAAUCAUUUAGUAAAAUAAUUAAUUUUUUGAAUUUUACAACAUCUUUAAGUUUUCAAAAUAAAAUUUAUGGUCAAUUCUAUACAAAAAAGAACUCACAUCAGAUCAUUUCUUGAUAAAAAUACAAAAAACGGAUGAAAACACAUUUGAAGUACUAUAUACAGCACCCAUUAAUCAUUUGUAAGCCUUCCAGAUUAGUAUUUCUAUAAUACAAAUUAUUUCUUGA